GGUCGUGUUGGCCCCGGUCUUGUUAGAAGAGUACUGAGAUGCCAGUUUCUGCCGAACUCGUGUUUCUUCCCUUUCAGUCAGAGGACACGAGGAAAAAGGACAGAGAGAAGAUAACAGCAGCACCGAAUGCAGCGAACGUGGAGUCAUGGAUCUGAAAUUCACUUCAGCAAGAAAAUACGUUUCCAUCAGUGUACCUUCCAAAUCUCAGACUAUGUCACCCCAUAUCAAAUCAGUAGAUGAUGUUAUAGUUCUUGGCAUUAAUCUUAGCAAAUUUAACAAGCCUGCUCAGUUUUUCAUCUGUGUUUCUGGAGUUUUUAUGUUUUAUCUAAUCUAUGGAUAUUUACAGGAAUUGAUAUUUUCAGUGGAAGGUUUUAAACCUUUUGGUUGGUACCUCACUUUAGUGCAAUUUGGAUUUUAUUCCGUUUUUGGACUAAUAGAAUUGCAGUUGAUUCAGGACAAAAGGAGAAGAAUUCCUGGCAAAACCUACAUGAUAAUAGCCUUUUUAACAGUGGGAACAAUGGGCUUGUCAAAUACCUCUUUAGGAUAUCUUAAUUACCCCACUCAAGUCAUCUUCAAGUGCUGUAAACUGAUUCCAGUUAUGGUAGGCGGGGUUUUUAUACAAGGAAAACGUUACAACAUUGCAGAUGUGUCUGCUGCCCUAUGUAUGAGUCUUGGAUUAAUAUGGUUUACCUUAGCUGACAGCACAGUUGCACCAAACUUCAACUUGACAGGUGUGAUCCUGAUAUCCCUUGCACUCUGUGCAGAUGCAGUUAUAGGAAAUGUACAGGAAAAAGCUAUGAAGUUGCACAAUGGUUCUAAUUCAGAAAUGGUUUUGUACUCUUACUCAAUAGGUUUUCUGUAUAUUUUAUUUGGAUUAACUUGCACUAGUGGAUUAAGCCCUGCAGUAGCAUUUUGCUCACAGCAUCCAAUUCAGACUUAUGGUUAUGCAUUCCUUUUCUCCCUGACUGGAUAUUUUGGCAUAUCCUUUGUUCUAGCUUUGAUUAAAAUCUUUGGUGCCCUUCUGGCCGUAACAGGUUACCUUUUCUUAAAACUUCAAACAUCAGUCACAAGGGACUGGGGUGGGGAGGUGUAGCAAGAUGCCAUGGAACUGCUUUGCUCUCCUCCCUCUCCCCCCAAAAGCUGGUUUCUGUCAGGUAACGCUCUACUUCAUUUGCAUUAGUGGAGAGGAACAUACAUCCAGUUAUUUUCUGGCCUGAAAAUUGCAUGCUCUGAUUUUCUAUUAAUUCUUCUCUGUAGCACUACAGUAUUUGUUUUUAUUGAAGUUUAGUGCAUCUAAUGGCUGGAAGUUGGCCCAGAUAAGAGGCUUGGUUCAUGUGUUAAAGCAGCUCUUAAAAAAUUUUAGAAGAAGUACCUACCUGUGGUAAAAAUUGCUUAAGAGUGCUGUGGAAUAGCAAAAUCUUCCCAGAUUUCCUUGUGUCUAACCUUGACAAUCCUAACACUUGAACCCUUUCUGUGUUGGCCUUAGCAAUGUGAAAAGGUUUAUUGUGCCUUGGAAGAACAACUGCAUUCAUUACUGUCCCCCUGUCAACCCUCCCCCUUAUUGGAGAGAGUGGGGUGAUGGAGUUUAAUGAAAAUUGUAUUUCUAUUAGCAGAAUGAGAAAUUAUCAGACUUAAUCAGGAAAAAGAAGAAAAGGCACUUAAUUUAGAAGGAAAUGGUUACAUAAAUAUUUUAAUUAAUAACUGAUUUGAAAGAACAGAAGUAAUCAUGAUUAGAAAAACUGAAUUUAACCAUUUUUUAAAUUAUUCAUCUGUAAACUGUUUUCUAAUUAAAACUCAAUUUUUUUUUUCAUUCGCGUUUAAUUUUUCAUGUACCACAAAAUCAUUCUAUUUGAUGUGCAUAAAUUUCUUAAAAUAUAUAGAAAUUGAGGUUGGGGCAGAUAAAGCAAUGAUGAAGGCUGUUUCUUCCAGGACUAUGUAUGCUUUUAAGAGAAAAAAUUCAGUGGGAGAAGCUUGUGGGGGAUGAAACUUGCUUUAGUGGACAAAAAAAAAACAAAGCAUGAGAAUACAUCUAUAGUUAUUGUUUGUUUGUUUGUUUUUUUUGUCAUGAUGUUAUGUUAAUACUAAUGUGGCUGUAGUCAUGAGAAGAUUUUUUGUCUGUUAUAGCAAAAAGUACUUUGUGGUCAUUGAAAUAUUUUCUGCUGCUAAAGAAAAUUGUUUUUCUACUGGUACAGGCAAUUGUACAAGAUUCUUUAACAAAUGAAAGCCUAUGCUGUCAUGUAACACCUUCUCUGGCCCUUCAUAGCUGAAUUUGCACACCUGGCUGCACUGUUAAUGUUUUUCAAGGUUUUCAUAAUACCUUUACUCAUUUACUGUUUGCACGUUUCAGUGAUAAAUGAUGUAUGUUUUCAAGUAUGCAGUUUACUAGCAAUGUUUCAUUCUUAAUCACAGCAUAUAGCUUUGGCAUUGCAAAUAACUGUCGAAAGUUAUAGUUAGAGAGUAAGCCGAACAGUUCCCACCUGUUUUGCUAGCAGAAUUGUGUUCCCAACUUUUCCUACAACCUUGUCUUUGCUAGUGAUGAGAUCACAUGUGGAAGAAGGCCUUUUAAGUAUUUUAGGAAAGCUUACUAAUGCAUAGUCAUUGAAGUCAGGCAUCCUCGGUCUUCUAGAUUGCUAGCCAAAGUUACAUUUCUCUGCACUGCUAUAUAACUGAAAUUGCAUUAACUUCAAAAGAAUUACAGUAUGGCUGGUCUCAUUCCACUUAGAAAUAAAGCCCAAAGCAACUGUCUAAACCACAGGACCGUGAUAAAGUCACAUGAGAAUGGUGAGAGAUUUGGAGUGUCCAAGUCCUGUUGGGUCUGAAUCCACUUCUUUCAGCUUUAACAGACCAAUGGUUUUAGUUCACCUGAUCAGUUACUUGCAGGGAUUGUCCAUUGCUUUCAGAUACUAUGAAUUGAUUAGAGAGAAGCUGUUAAACACCAAGUCUUGUUCUGGGAAUUUCUGUGCUUCAGAUUCUGGGACUAUAGAUGACACCAUUUGGAUGGUGUGCUUGUUUUGCAUAACAUAGAAUCAUAUAAUCCUUGCUAGAGUUGGAAGGGCCCUUUAAAGGUCAUCUAGUCCAAUUCCCUUGCAAUGAAUAGGGGCAUCCACAGCUAGAUUUGGUUGCUUAGAGCCAGGGGCAUCCACCUGGGCAGCCUGCUCCAGUGCCUCACAGCCUUUAUUGUAGAGUCUUUUUCCUUACAUCCAACCUAAACUUAUCCUUGCUAAGUUUGAAACCAUUUCCCCUUGUACUGAUUCAUGAUUCUAGAGUUAUUUUAUACUGGAGAGGUGCAUCUACAGUUUGCCUUUGCACCAAGGAUGACAGUGAGUGUGGCCAGAUCCCUAACAAUGUAGUAAGGGUGUCUACUAAUGUCAGAGGCUGUCUUAUAUUCUUACGCUGUCAGUGGAUUCUUAAAGAAAUAAUUUUGUUUUCCU